GCUCCUCUAAUUAUGAAUAAAAAAAUAAAAAAUAAUUUUGAUUGGAAGAUUUCUCGAAAUCUCGAUUCAUUUCAUUUCAUUCAUUCUUCUUUCUGCUUCCAUCUCCCCACCUGAAAAUUCUUAAUCUCACUGUCACUUCCCUCUCUUUUGUUUAAUUUUGUAAACUAUUUGAUUAGCUUCGAAGAUUCAUUGUUUCCAUUUUUGUUCAAUAAGAGUUUCCCCAUUUGUACAUAAAGGAAAUUGCAGAUAAAUUGGCGUCGUUGGCUUUUGGCUAUUACGAGCUGCCUUGUUUCAUAAUUGGAAGAGAGAGAGAGAGAGAAGAGAGAAGAGAGAGAAGAGGUUUCUGGGAUUGGUUGUCUCUCUAUCUAUCUGGCUAUUUGUAAAUUUUGUGAAGAUUUGUUUUUGCUGGUGAAAAAAUUAUUAGGGUUUGAAUUAAAAGGUGGAUCUGAGGUUUAGGUCAACGGAGAUUGAGAAUAGGAGAAUGAUCUGCUUGUUGUUGGUUUACUAAAAAAUCUCAAGACGGUUUGGAUCCGAUCCGAGGAGAGACAGCGCCCUUCCCAUGGCGCUGUUCCGUCGCUUCUUCUACAAAAAGCCUCCCGAUCACCUUCUCGAGAUCUCCGAGCGUCUCUAUGUUUUUGACUGCUGUUUCUCGAGCGAUGUUAUGGGAGAGGAUGAGUACAAACUGUACUUGGGCGGCAUCGUUGCUCAGCUACAGGAUCAUUUCCCAGACGCCUCUUUCAUGGUCUUCAACUUCAGAGAAGGAGAGCAGCGGAGUCAAAUAUCAGAUGUGCUGUCUCAGUACGACAUGACGGUUAUGGAUUAUCCUCGGCAGUACGAGACUUGUCCGCUCUUACCUCUUGAGAUGAUCCAUCACUUUCUAAAAUCCAGCGAGAGCUGGUUAUCACUGGAAGGCCAACAGAAUGUUCUGCUGAUGCAUUGCGAAAAAGGUGGUUGGCCUGUUCUUGCUUUCAUGUUAUCAGGGCUGUUGUUGUACAGAAAGCAGUAUCAGGGCGAGCAGAAGACUCUUGAGAUGGUGCACAAACAGGCUCCCAAGGAGCUUCUUCAUAUACUCUCUCCUCUUAACCCUCAGCCUUCUCAACUCAGAUACCUUCAGUACAUCUCUAGAAGAAACUUGACCUCUGAUUGGCCUCCUUCAGAUACUCCCCUUCUUUUGGAUUGUUUGAUUCUCAGAGAUCUCCCACAUUUUGAGGGUAUGAAAGGCUGCAGACCAAUCAUCCGGGUUUACGGUCAGGACCCUAAAUCCAAAGCGAACAGGACCUCCGUUGUUCUCUUUUCCACACCAAAGACGAACAAACACACUCGUCUCUACCAACAGGAAGAGUGUAUCCUGGUGAAAUUAGAUAUCCAAUGCCGUGUUCAAGGGGAUGUUGUUCUGGAAUGUAUACACUUGCACGAUGAUUUUGUGCGUGAAGAGAUGGUCUUUAGAAUCAUGUUCCACACAGCAUUUGUCCGUGGUAAUAUUUUAAUUGUCGAGCGCGAUGAGAUGGAUAUACUUUGGGAUGCCAAGGACCAGUUCCCAAAGGAAUUCAAGGCAGAGGUACUUUUUGCUGGUGCUGAUACCGUGGUGCCUGCUAUUGCAACAGCCCCAGUAUCAGAUGAUGAGAACGAUUUUGAUAUCACUUCACCUGAAGAGUUUUAUGAGGUGGAGGAGAUUUUUAGCGAUGUGAUUGAGGGGCCUGACCAUACGGUUGACUCAGAUAGUUUUGUGGUUGUUGAUACUGCUUCAGAUGACUCUGAGGGUAAAGAGGUGUGGAAGGGGGACGUGGAACCCAAUGCGUUUCUAGAUUGUGCAUCUGAUGAUUCAAAUCAUAAACAUGAGGUGCAUGUGGAGGCUAGCGCAGAUCCAGUCAAAGAUAUAACUGUUGAUGAUGUACAGUAUAGGUCAGAUGGGAAGGCAGAUACCAGUAUUGACUCAGUGAAGGAUAUAGGGAUAGAUGAUAGUGAUGAGCAGCGAAAGAGGACAAUGGAAGCAAAGGAGGAGAAUGAUUCUAUAGCAGCAGAGUCGGAACACAAAGGUGAUGAAGAAGGCAAUGAUUUGGAGUCUACAACUCAGAAAGCAAAUGCUGAUCUCAACAUCCCUGUAUCUGACAAAACAAAAGCUGCACCAAGGAAAGUGGUCGGAGCAAAUGCAAAAGUGGCUGGAGAUUCACUCAAACCGAAGUCUAAGCAGCAAGAAACUCAAGGUCCUAAUGUUAGAAUGGCUAAGCCUAAUGCAGUUUCUCGGUGGAUUCCUUCAAACAAGGGCUCAUACAAAGAUUCUAUGCAUGUGGCGUACCCUCCGACAAGGACAAACAGUGCUCCGGCUUCAAUUACCACUUCUCUCAAGGAUGGUAAAAGAGCUACAUCGCCUGAUGGCGUGGUUCCAAAAGAUGCUAAGACUAAAUAUCUGAGAGCGACUGUUUCUUCAUCGGAUAUUAUGAGGAGUCGAACUCCAAUUUGGUUAUCACCAGAUUCUAGCCCAAAGGAAAAGGCGUCGUCUCUACCUGCCUCUCCACAUAAGGCCCCUCCAACACCUCAGCAUCCACCUACAGCUCCAGCUCUGACUUCUCUAACCAGUGAGGCUACGUCAGUUUUACAGUCUUCACAAGCAGCUGCGUCACCUCCUCCACCGCCACCGCCGCCACCACCACCACUACCUACUUAUUCUUCGCAGAGCCGAAAUGACAGCUACUCUCAAACAUCUCAUAUCCCGGAACCACCUCCAUUUCCAUCUGAGAGACUAAACAGUGGAACUGUGUUGCCACCACCACCACCACCACCUCCUCCUUUUGCAUCUGUGAAACCAAACAAUGGAACCUUGUUGCCACCGUCUCUUGCUUGGAAGUCUGUGUAUACUUCAUCUUUGGCAACUCCUACGACAUGUUCUACUUCUCAACCUCCUCCUCCACCACCUCCACCACCGUGGAAGCCUGUGUAUGCUUCGAUUCCUGAAACUCAUGAGGAAGGCUCUACAUCUUACAAUUCUCCACCACCACCACCACAACCACCACCACCUCCUCCUCCUUUUGCAUCUGAGAAGCCAAACAAUGGAACCGUGUUGCCACCGUCUCUUGCUUGGAAGUCUGUGUACACUUCAACUUUGGCAACUCCUACGACAUGUUCUACUUCUCAACCUCCUCCACCACCACCUCCACCACCGUGGAAGCCUGUGUAUACUUCGAUUCUUGAAACUCAUGAGGAAGGCUCUACAUCUUACAAUUCUCCAUCACCACCACCACCACCGCCACCACCACCUCCUCCUCCUCCUUUUAGUUCAUCAAAUACACCAAAAUCCAGUGGAGGUCACAUUCCUCCUCCUUCCCCAAUGCCUUAUAUGAGUAUUGCACCUUCGCCAUCACCCAAGACGUCUCCUAUUAACGGUUUUUCUGCUGCUCCUCCACCUCCUCCUCCUCCUCCUUUUAGUAAAGCACAUUCAGUCCCUUUCCUUCCACCCCCGCCAGCAAGUUAUGGAUUCCCAACUCCACCUCCUCCUUUUGGUCACGUUGGUUCAGUUACUCCGCCUCCUUCUCAACCACCAAGUCAUGGAGCCUCUCCCCCACCACCUCCACCACCACCACCACCACCUCCUUUUGGUCACGUAGGUUCAGUUCCUCCACCUCCUUUUCAACCACCGAGACAUGGAGCCCCUCCACCACCUCCGCCACCACCGCCACCUCCAUUUGGAUCUAGUAGUCCUCCGCCACCACCGCCACCUCCAUUUCGAUCUGCCGGACCUCCGCCACCACCACCACCUCCAUUUGGAUCUACUGGACCUCCGCCACCACCACCGCCUCCUCCAUUUGGAUCUACGGGACCUCCGCCACCACCGCCACCUCCAUUUGGAUCUACGGGACCUCCGCCACCACCACCACCUCCUCCAUUUGGAUCUACGGGACCUCCGCCACCACCACCACCUCCUUUUAGAUCGACUGGACCUCCUCCACCUCCACCGCCUCCGUUUAGAACUGGUGGACCUCCGCCUCCACCACCACCUCCAUUUGGAACUAGUGGACCUCCGCCACCACCACCACCUCCAUUUAGAUCUGGUGGACCUCCGCCGCCACCACCACCUCCAUUUAUAUCUGGUGGACCUCCGCCUCCACCACCUCCUCCGAUGCUUGGAGGAGCCCCACCACCACCACCACCUCCAAUGCGUGGAGGAGCCCCACCGCCACCACCACCUCCAAUGCGUGGAGGAGCCCCACCGCCACCACCACCUCCAAUGCGUGGAGGAGCCCCACCACCUCCUCCGCCUCCUGGUGGUAGAGCUCCUGGGGGACCUCCCCCUCCACCGCCUCCAGGUGGCCGUGCUCCGGGUCCACCUCCACCUCCUGGACCUAGACCUCCUGGUGGACCUCCUCCACCUCCUGGACCUAGACCUCCUGGUGCACCUCCUGGUGCACCUCCUGCUGGAAGAGGGCGUGGGCUUUCACGUCCAGGUUUGGGGUCUUCAGCUCCAAAAAAGUCUUCUCUGAAGCCUUUACACUGGGUUAAAGUAACAAGGGCCUUGCAGGGAAGCUUAUGGGACGAGUUACAGAGACAAGGACAAACUGCACCUGAAUUUGAUGUAUCAGAAAUAGAGACCCUUUUCUCUGCUAUAGUGCCAAAACCGGCUGAUAAAGCUGGAGGUCGAAGAAAAUCUGUUGGGGCAAAACCUGAAAAAAUUCAACUGAUUGACCUUAGGAGAGCCAAUAAUACGGAAAUUAUGCUUACGAAAGUGAAGAUGCCGCUGCCUGAUAUGAUGGCUGCAGUUCUGGCAAUGGAUGAUACUGUACUAGAUAUUGAUCAAAUAGAGAAUCUUAUAAAGUUUUGUCCAACCAAGGAAGAGAUGGAACUUCUUAAGAACUACACUGGUGACAAGGCGACCUUGGGAAAGUGUGAGCAGUACUUCCUAGAGCUAAUGAAGGUGCCACGAGUAGAAUCGAAGAUGAGAGUGUUUUCCUUCAAGAUUCAGUUCGGCACUCAGAUAAAAGAAUUCAAAAAGAGUUUAAAUGCGGUAAAUUCUGCGUGUGAUGAGGUCAGAUGCUUGCAAGAACUAACUCUAAUAUUUCCUUUUAGUCCGUAUAUAUUUCCCUUUCUUAGACUUUUUCUCUCCUCAUUGCUUGUUCAUCAGGUUCGUACUUCACAAAAGCUAAAAGAAAUUAUGAAAAAGAUUCUUUACCUGGGGAACACAUUGAACCAAGGAACUGCGAGGGGCGCUGCAGUGGGAUUCAAGUUGGACAGUUUAUUAAAAUUAAGCGACACACGUGCUGCUAACAGCAAGAUGACUCUGAUGCACUAUCUCUGCAAGGUCCUUGCUUCCAAGGGAUCAGAUCUACUGGACUUUCAUAAGGAUCUUGGAAGUCUUGAAUCAGCUUCAAAGAUACAAUUGAAGUCUCUGGCGGAGGAAAUGCAAGCUAUAAUCAAAGGGUUGGAAAAACUGAACCAGGAGCUCACUGCAUCUGAAAGUGAUGGUCCUGUUUCUGAAGUUUUCCGCAAAACAUUGAAGGACUUCAUUUCUGUUGCGACGACUGAAGUGACAGCUGUGUCGAGUCUUUACUCGGUCGUGGGAAAUAAUGCUGAUGCCCUUGCGUAUUAUUUUGGAGAAGAUCCUAAACGUUGUCCAUUUGAACAAGUUACUGCGACCCUCUUGAAUUUUAUAAGGUUGUUCAAGAAAGCACAUGAAGAGAACAUCAAACAAGAGGAAUUGGAGAAGAAGAAAGCAGCAAAGGAAGCAGAGAUGGAGAAGGCAAAAGGAGUCAGUCUCACAAAGAAACCAGUUGAUGAUAGCUGACCCAACACACAAAAAAGAACCUUAAAAUCUUAUUUUUGCAAAAUCCGCCUUAUUCUCUCUUCUCAAGUGAAGCAAAGGUGGGUUGUUGAUGCCAGUGGAGGUGGUGGUGCGUGCUGUUCAAGUAACCUUUCCGCCGAGCGGCACAGGGCGGUUAAAACUGGCUCGGGUCCUGGGCGGGCUAUCGAGGGAACCACCAUUCAAGGAUAUAUAUAAGAGGCAGGUCUUUACACCACUCCCACGUUACAUGACUGACUCCACAUUGAUUAAUUCUAACUUGUAAAUUAGGAUUCUUCCCUGCCAUUUUCUUUUUUUUUCCCUCCCUGAUUAGAGGACUUUUGAUAGGUUGAAGUGUUGUAUAGGUUUCAGGUAGGGAGAUAGAGAUGUAGAGCAUUUUAUCUUUGCUUAGUGUGUAACUUUGUAUCCUACCACAAUAUCAUCAAUGUUCUUUCUAGGUA